UCAUUUGUUUAAGGGUUAAUGGAGGAAGAAGAAGAGGUUCUCUUCUGCGUCAAGUUCUAACCAAAUUCCAAAGAGGGCCCAACAUCUCAGCACUUUUUCUCCCCUUUUCCCCUUAGUUUUUCUUCUAUCUCAGUCGUCCGUCUCAUUACAAAGCUCAGAAUCCCUAAAAGACUUCUCACCCUCUCAUAUUCCAAAGAGGUUCUCUUUCUCUUCUUUCUGCUGUUCCUCCAAUCCCUUGUUGCCCUUGUUUCACGCUCUUACAUCUGUUCCUCCUUCAGUUUCAGCUCCGAAAGUACCUCUCUUUUCACACCCACUUCCCCAAAUCUCUCUUUCUCCCCUCAAAGAUUCAGCUUUGACUUCUCUUCUUGUCUCUGAUAUUUGAUCUCUCUCUCUCUCUCUCUCUCUCUCUCUCUCUCUCUCUCUCUGCUUCAACAACAACAACAACAACAACAACUCUUUAGAUCUCUUUAUCAAUCUUUCCUUUUGCCAAUUCUGUUACUUCAGCUACUUGGGUGUUUUUGGAUUAUGUUGUCGGUGGAAUAGACGAGGCUGUGUUCUGUUUUUGUAGUUGAGAGAUGAAGAGAGGAGGUAGAGAUGAUGACAAGGUCAUGGGGCCUAUGUUCCCAAGGCUCCAUGUGAAUGAUGCUGAUAAAGGAGGGCCAAGGGCGCCUCCAAGGAACAAGAUGGCUUUAUAUGAACAGCUGAGCAUACCUUCUCAGAGGUUCAACAAUGGAGUUAUGCCACUCAAUCAAAACAGCAAUAGCAGUAUGGGAUCCCCAUCUCGAUCAAAUCAGGGAAAUGGUUCUGAAAGAAAUUUGCCUUUUCCAAUUCAUGUUCGUCCAUCUACACCUACUCGUCACUCUGGCCAGUCUGAUGGAGUGACUGUUAACGUUUCUUCAGGACAACCGCAUCCGAGGAAGAGGGGAGGAGAUGAAGAUGAUUUUAUGGUUCCUGUAUUUCAAUCGAGGAUGGGUCAAUGUCAAAGUGGAACUCAAAAUGGUGGUGCUAAAGUGAAACUUACUCCCUUGAGCCAGUCUCAUUCUGACCGUGCGAUAAUGUCCAGAAGUGCUUCUAAGAAGGAUCAGAAACAAAGUAGCUCCCCCAGUCUCAAUCUAAGACGAGAAUUUAGAAGUGAGACAGCAGAGGAUCUCAACGAUUGUAGCCCAGCUAAGGACCGUUCAGUAAGAGCUUCCACGAGUAUAUCCACAAGAGAAAGGGUUAAUGUUCCUACAAAUGUUAAUGCUUCUCCAAAUCAAGAGUAUGAAGGCCAUCCGGUUCCUACGUUCAACAGGUCUUGUAAUAAUGAUGCUUGCUUACAACAAGACUCUAGAUCUGGGUCUCAAGUAAACAACACUGGACAAGGCGAUGGUCUUCUUGAUUCCACAAGGGAUGUAGAGAAGGGAACGGUUUCACAGGCAAGAAGUGUUUCUCAUUAUGGGGAAAAUCCUAGCAGUCCCACUGAACCUGAUAAUGACAGUGAAUACCAUGGAGACAAUACUUGUUCACCACCAACGGGAAAUGCAGACAAAGGUGAUGAUGUCUCAGAGACAUCCAUGGUGGAUUCUAUAUCUGGCAUGGACAUCUCUCCUGAUGAUGUAGUAGGAAUAAUAGGUCAAAAACAUUUCUGGAAGGCAAGAAAGGCCAUUGUCAAUCAGCAACGAUUGUUUGCAGUGCAAGUAUUUGAGUUGCAUAGACUCAUUAAGGUCCAACGACUGAUUGCUGGAUCUCCACAUCUUUUGCUUGAAGAUAGUGCUUUCCUAGGCACAUCCUUGAGGGUUUCUCCUGCAAAGAAACUCCCAGCAGAUUAUGUUGUAAAACCACGAAUGCUAAAGCGCAAGCAUGAGUCAGAGAAGCCAAAUAACAAAAUGGAAUGUUCUGCUGAAAAUGCAGUUGGGAAAUCUCCUCAUUCCUCCGUGAAAAAUGGUAAUCAGCCUUCACAUUACGGGCCACAUGUAGGAAAUCCACCCUGUCCAGCACCUGUGCCUGCUCCUGCUGACAAUAAAGCAGCUCCUUGGUGCUUCCAUCAACCACCUGGGCAGCAGUAUUUAAUUCCUGUAAUGUCUCCUUCUGAAGGACUCGUGUACAAGCCAUACAAUGUACCUGGUUUUGUGGGAGCAGCUUGUGGUAGUUGUGGACCUUUUGGCUCAAGUCCCAUUACUGGUAACUUCAUUAAACCAGCAUAUGGGGUUCCGGGAUCUCAUCAUCAAGGAAUGGGGGUUCUCCCUGUUCCUCAUCCUACUUACUUUCCUCCAUACGGCAUGUCUGUCAUGAAUCCCACAAUGUCAAGUUCAUCUGUUGAGCAAAUGAAUUGGUUCGCUGGACCUGGUUUGCAUGGUUCGACCGAUCAGUUGUCUGGAAACUCUAAUUUGCAGCAUCAAAGCUCUUGUAAUAAGCCAAAACCCAAUUAUGCUGCUAUUCCUCAUACCAUGAAGUCUCGAGCAUCAAACCACAGUGAGUUACAAGGAAGUACUGGUAAUAGUCCUGGUGACAGAGCAACAAUUACAGAUCAAACCGCUGGUGAAAGUGACGCACUUCAACUUUUCCCUACCGUUCCAGCGGUUCCUGAGCGAGUUCCCCAACCUCAUGAUACAAACCAGGCAACACGAGUGAUACGAGUAGUCCCGCACAAUCCUAGAUCUGCUACUGCAUCAGCUGCUCGAAUUUUCCAGUCUAUACAAGAAGAGAGGAAACAGUGACCAAACGUCUUAGUUGGUGCGGCCUUCAUCAUUUGCUCUUUACCCUUUUGUGGGUAUGAUAUUCUGCAGCUGUUUUGUUCUUUCAUAUCUUUUGAUCUUUUGAUAUUAUAUUCAUAUGUAUAGAUACAGACCAGUGUAAUCUAAAUGUAUGAUAUUACUUACACAUCUUCCUGCGAUAUCUGGCAAUCAUAG